AUGACGCGUUACAAUUCGUGUUCCGACUUUCAAUACAUCAGCGAGAAUGUUAUGUGCCUCUUGCAAGGCAGUUGUAUUUGUCUACUUAACCUUGUAAACAAUGAGAGGAAGUUUUUGUUCAUUUCGUGUUGUGAGACCCUUGGGGAAGUUCGCUUCGAAUUGGCGGCGGGCCAGGGAAGAAAAAGCGCGAACGUGGCAAUGGGCCGCCUCACCACACGGGUUGCAGUGAAGGGAGAAACGGACCAUUGCACACACAACGUGGAGGGAAGGUACAUCCCACACCCCGUGAGGAAAAUCUCCUGCAGUGAAAAAGACCAUGCUAUGGCAGUGGUCAUACGUAGACCCUCGGGCGAUUUGUUAUUCUACCUCGUAUUCGAUGAGGCGAAUGGAUUAAACUCCUGCGAGGUGCAAUUAACACACAGAGUUGGGGAAACGAUAAAAGAUGUAACACUGGGGGAUGGCCAGGUGUACCUUUUACUAAAGAGGCGGCAUGCUCGGCCCCCCUUGCAGGAGGGAGAACUGUCUGGAAGGGAUAACACCCGGAAGUUAAGCGACCAGUUGGGUGCUGAUUUACCCUUCGAUGAAGAGUAUCUUAUUUGCACCCUGAAGUUGAGUAGAAAUAAAAAAGAAGACCUCGAAAUAAUAGCCACACACAAGUCUUCAUCCAUUUUUAAAAAAAUGAUGGUGUGCCCAUAUGACGGGAAGAAAAUCAUUUUGGUCUCACAAAAGAGUGUCUUCUUUGUAUCCACCUCAAAUGAGCAUCUUUUAAAAGAAAACGUAACCACCGUGAAGAAGGAACUGUUUGUGAAUAGUCCCAUUGUAGCAACAUCUUGGCUAGACUUUCAUAUCUUCACCAUCUGCCUGUCCAAUAAUGAAGUCCUUUUUUUUAACCUUUCUACCAAUUCGAGGGACCUACCCCGCCUGAGGUGCCACAACAACUACUCCAAAAUCUGCUGCAUUUUUUACCACCUCGAGUAUCUCUUCGUCGCGUUCGCUACGAAGGAAAUUGUCUGCUUCCGCGUGAACUACGGCGCGCUUUCCCCGGCCGCCUUUCGCAAGGUAACCCCAGUCGAAGACAACUACGUAACCACCAAGUGCUUGUUUCAAAAGAGAAAGGAGAACCGGAAAGCGGAGGAGAAGCCCUCGAUGGAGGCACCUCCGAACGAACCAAACACACAACAGGCCAAGGAAAACGAAGCUCUCAACAACAGGAGACAUAUCAGGAGGAAGUCUUCCAAGCAAUCUGGAACCACCUUCGAAUCCAUAUUAAACGAAAUUAAAAACGUGGAAAAUAAAAUAAAUGACAAAGGGUUUGAGUUGUUAGACGAGUCGGAGGGGGAAGGGAGAGUGGACGAUGAGCAGGCAUGGGACUCCGUAGCCUUCGCCGAGUGCGUCGCUCAGUGUAGCGCUGGUUGUGCAAGCUCGAUGGAUACCUACCCCAGUUCGAAGGACGAUUACGCCAAUUUAUGUUCCCCUGGGGAAGAUAAUAUUAUGAACAAGGGAACACCCUCCAAACGAGCACACCGAAAACAUGACCUCUCCCAGAUGCGGAAGAAACGGAAGGCCAAUUUUGCUAAGCUCCACUAUGAUGAAGACAACCUCACACAUAUCUUUACCCCCAUUUCAGUCGUCAAUUUUGAAAAGUACGUGACGCACAGGAUAAUUAGUGUCCACCUGCAUAGAGGGAAAAACCUACUCAUUCAGCUUGAAAAUGGACUGUCAUAUUACACAACAACUUUUAACCGAAAAAAAAUGAGUCCAGCUGAUGACUCCAGUUUCUACCUCUGUGGACAUACUGCUCUGCACAAAAUAAAGGACCUUAAAGUGUGUAGCAGAAAAUACCUUUUCACUUUGGAUGAAGCUAAAAUGCUCAAGUGUUACUCUCUUGCAGACAAUGAAUUGAAUGUUAUAUGCACUGGUGGGGGAAUAAAAUGGUUCGAUGUUCUUUCAUUGAUGGGGGAAUACAACUGCUUGUUUGUGGCCCUCACAGAUGGAUCUUUUUUUUUUAUCAACCUGAUCAGCAGCAAAAUUUUGCUCUACGGGAGUGUGAGGCGGCACUUGGGGGAUGAAACAACUAGAGGAAGACGCGGACCAAGUGUGGGUCGUAGUGGAAGACGGUGUAUCGAAUGUGGUGUCUUCAACAAGGUGAAUGAGCACAUUUUCAAUGGCUACUUCAAGGUGUGCGGGACGCUACUCUUCUUCUUCCUGAUUCACUCCGUGUCGCACCAGAAGUUGUUCAUUUACUUCGUGCAUGAGGUGCUGAUAGGAAGGCUGCUCGCGCAGGUGUGUCAUCAGGGGGGAAGCGACGAAAGCGUCUGUCCAAACGUCACUCAAAAUGUGGACCAAAAUGUCAAUCAAAGCGGCGAGGCGGCCACACUUUUGCUGAGCCUCUCAACGUACAGACGCUCCGACGUCGAUGUCCACGUCGACUUGGAAUUCAGGUCCAAACGCCACUGCGACUAUGCCUGCCUGUUGACGGCCACCGAGGACCUACGCAACUUUUACCUCCUCUUCGUACAACUAAUAAAGAAGGAGAUGAUAAUCAGGACAAAAAAAAAUUGGGACACCAACGUGCGAAUCUUCUAUUGGAAGGUGCCUCACAAGAAUGUAGUCUAUGCAAAGGUCAUUGGCAAUUACCUAGUCCUCGUGGACUUCCAUUUGAAUGUCCGGUUUUUUUACAUGAACAGAGUCACAUUUGGGGACGUCUCCCCGGGAAACUCAAACGAGGUUGCAGCCCUACUCUCGGGAAAAAAGACGUCCUUCCUCAGAAGAUUGAAAAGAGACAAAGGGAGUACUAGACGUGAAGGUGUGCAUGGGCCAAAUGAUGAGGGAAAUGAUUUUGAAGAAUUCAUUUUGAAGCGACGCAGAAGGAGGCAGAAGCCAUUUCGUCCAGAUGGGGUCAAUGAAGAUUCGGAAACCCUGAACCGUGAACCACAUGGACAGCCAAAUGGCGAAGAAAAAUCUGUAGGUUCUCCUCCAUUUCGCAUAAACUUAGGGGAAGAAGACCUACACAUUGAUCUGAGUCAUACGGGUAGAGUUCAAUUCAUUAACGAACAGAUGGAACAGAAUGCUGGACCCAUUUGCGCCUUUUACAUCGUUACGGACUCCAAUACGGUUGUUACGUUCUCCUUUGACAGUUCUGCAUACCCACUUAGGAUGGUCCUGAACCCUGAGGUGCAGGUCCCCUCUAUGAGAGGAACGGAAAGGAUUAACUUCUUUCACCCAGUGGAUAUGAAAAGUGGAACAUACAAUUUGUUCUUGACCAAGGAGAGGCACUUCCGUUUGGAGGGCGUGUCAUGUGCCCCCGCAAUGGUACCCAGUGGUGAUCAGGUGGGAGGCGACCAUGAACGAGGCAAACCACAUGAAGAUAACCAUGUAGGGGGAGAUAAACCCACAAACCAGAGUGAACACCUGAAUUGGGAAUCCUCCCUCGACCUGAUAUGCCAAAAGGACAUGGACUCAACUAUGCAAGCCACCUUGGCGAAGAUAAGUCAAGGGACCCUCUACCCAAGUGAUGUGAAUUUUUUUUUGAGGCAACCCAGUGUGGUGUUUUUAAAAGUGUACAGCAGUGCCCUGAGGAAGCGCCUGCGCGACAAGCGAGGGAAGAGCUUCCAGGAGAGGGUGUCAAUGGAGUGGGGGACACACCCAAGUGGUGCAACAAAAGAGGUUCCUGCUGGUGAUGAUAAAGUUACGUCUUCCGGUGCAGCCAUUUCAGCGGACGCUGCUACCCCUAUCGCUUUCAGUGGCACACCCAACCACACGAACUUCUUCUUCGAUAACGAAACGACCAUCUUCACCUUCCUAAACGAAAACGAGUACCACCUGCCCCUGCAGGAGUGCCUCGAAAACUACAAAAACAAGUUCUACCUGAGUGAACUCCACGCGAAGAGGAAGGAAGAAAGAGAACAAAUAGACAAGCUCCGAAAUCAACUGAAGGAAUUAAUCACCCAAAACGAAAAUAACAACAGCAGUAUAAAAUUGGACAGAAAAAACUUUUUUUUUGACAAAAAAAUUAUUAACGAGUCAGAAAUUUUAAUCAAUGAAUUUGAAAAAAUAAAAAAAAAAUUUGAAAAAAAAAAGAUAGCCAAAGAACAACUAAUAAAAAAACUAGAAAAAAAAUGCUCCCCUCUUGCACAAAUCGAUUUUCUCUUCGGAUUAAACACAAAUUCAUAUGUGACCAAUUCAUUUAAAAAAAGCAGUCACCAUCAUUCUUGUCCCAUUAGAGAGAAAAUCAAAUUGCUGCGCUUUCUCCAACUUAAAGAAUCAGACUUUGUCCAAAAUGUAGAAAAAAAUAAUGUCCUUUGCUUUUUAAAAACAACAAAAGAUUACAUAGAUCGAUACACUGAAGACUUUUCUUGUCUGUUCUUUUCUCACUACUACCCCUGCACAAACAUGAAUUUGAAUUAUUUAUACGCCAAUUUGUUCGGCUCCUCUUUUUCGGCCGGCGGGGUGGACAGCGGGGUAGACGGCGUACAGUGGAACUACCUCCUCUACCCCCCCUGCGAGUUGUUCACGAACGCGCGGAAGCGCCUGCAGUGCUACGUGCUGCAGAUGCUUAUCGACCAGCAAAAGGCGAAAUUUCUCAGCCACUUUCUCGCCCUGAAGGAAGAAAAGCAAAACUACGUGGAAGAAAUAAACUUGUUGUCCAACAAGCUGAAGCUCUCUCUGGAAUCCACAGACAAAUAUUUUAGCCACCCCUACUCUCACACCAUAGAAGACGGCCUCUACAACAGGGGAGCGUUAAAAGGAGUGAAGCGGGAUGCCCUCCUCCCUGUUUCGAACAAAUUCGACCCUCACGUGUUGCUCAAAAUGCACCUGCACAAGCUCAAUGUGGAGAGUCAAAAAGGGGAUGCCUUUGACGAUCAUGAAAAAGGGGACCUAACUCUGAAAAGGGAAAAGAAGGGGGACCAUUUCGGGAUGGCACCUGGGUUACGAGGAAGCGAAGCAGGGGCGGACAAGGAACCCCCCAAAGACACAACCCCUUGCAACGACGAAGCGGACCCAGAAAGUGUUGAGAUAAAAGAGAAGAAGAAAAAUGACGUAAGAAAUGCGCUCUCUGAUGUGAAGAGUUACAUAUAUCAAAUCUCCGACCAGUGCGAGGAAUUCAAUGAAAAGUUAAAACAGUUGAGGAAGAAGAAAUACAACAUACAAAAGCUGAUCAAGCUGCACGAGCUUUACUGUAUUGGUAUUUACGCCACGUUAAUAAAUGAGGAAAGGAAGGAAGAAGCUCUACGCCAAAUAGAAGAGAAGAGGAUUGCAGUGGAGGGGGAGUUAUCUAAGCUUGAGGAUUCGAUGAGACAAUUAGAUGCGCUACAGAAACACAAAAAGAAUUUGGCCCUAAGCGAACUGCUCACAAGGAAGAAGCAAAAGUUCGAGAAGAGGUUCCUCCACGAGUGCAUCAACUUCGAUGUCCUCAUCGAGCAAAAAUAUGAAAAUGUCAUAGGAUUCGACUUCGACUCCAGGAAAAAUUUAUUCAUAAAAAAAAAAAUUAUCCAAAAGCACAUUACAGAUACGAAUCAAAUCAUUCAUGAGAACUUCGAGCUGAGAAAGAGCAUCCGGAAACUAAAGCACGAUAUUUGCAGAAACAAAAUAAAAAAAGACUACCUGCACUUCUCACUCAUGGACAUAGAAGAAGGGGUCGACGACGUCAAGUACCUAAAACAGAAUUGCGAAUUUCUCUUUAGUGACAUAAAUAAUGUGAUCAGCUCACUGGAGGCGAAGAAAAAAAACAGGAAACUCAUUUUUCAAAUUUCGGAACAGAAGCUGCGCGAGCAGAUUAGUAACGUGGACGCGAAAAUUUCAGCGAUGAAAUCUGAGAACGUCGUGUUGGAGGCCAACAUGCAGAGCCUGCUAAAGGAGAUUAGCCAAAUGGACAAGGCGGCGCAGGGCGAUCAGGAGGAAGACGCGACCCACCUACUCGACACGAAGGGAAACUUGGGCGACGACGACGUUGCGCGGGUUAGCAUGUUCUUCAAAUGUUCUGAUGCAGUUGUGGCUGGAGAGAUCGGCGAAGAAAAUGAAACAGACGACGCACCACAUGUAGAGGGAGGGAGCAAUCAACAAAAUGAAACCGACAAUGUGGUGGAACAAAGCCGCGACCACGCACAUAAACAGGCCGCGGAUCAGGACGCCGCUCCUGAAAAAAAAAAACAAAAAAAACUGCGCACCAAGGACAUCCACGAAAGGAGUGCCAUGCUACGGAAAAAAUAUAAGUGA